AUGGCGCACCGCACCACGCGGGUGGUCCGUGCGUCGGUGAGUCUCCUCUGCGUGGCGUGGGUGGGUGGCCCUAAAGGGCCGGAGAGGUCGGCGUGCGACUUCGCGCGCGCGGUUCAGAAGCGCCGGCGCGCGGCUUCGAGCCGUGGCGGCGUGGCGGGGGUUCGAGCCGUGCGUUCCCAGGAUGGAGGAGGAUGGGGGUACUACCACAAUACGGCCACGAAUGAGGUCACUUGGACCAGGCCCAGCGAUGGCUCCGCGCCCGAGCAGCCUCAAGGUGGAAUGGGCAUGAACGGAGGCAUGGGCAUGGGCGGUAUGGGUCAACAGCAAAUGGGCCAGAUGGGUAUGGGCCAACAGAUGGGUCAACAGAUGGGUGGCCAAAUGGGAGGCAUGGGCGGCCAGAUGGGGGGCAUGGGCGGCCAGAUGGGUGGCAUGGGAGGCCAGAUGGGAGGUAUGGGUGGCCAGAUGGGAGGCCAGAUGGGUGGCCAAAUGGGUGGCAUGGGUGGGAUGGAUAGCAUGGGACAGAUGGGUGGACAAAUGGGCAUGGGUGGCCAAAUGGGUGGCAUGGAUGGAAUGGGCCAGAUGGGAGGCCAAAUGGGUGGCAUGGGUGGCCAAAUGGGAGGCAUGGGCCAAAUGGGUGGCAUGGGAGGCCAGAUGGGUGGCAUGGGAGGCCAGAUGGGUGGUAUGGGUGGCCAAAUGGGUGGCAUGGGAGGAAUGGGUGGCAUGGGAGGCCAGAUGGGUGGCAUGGGCAUGAAUGGCAACAUGCAGACCGGCGUCGUCAAGUCCUGGAACGAUGAGAAGGGAUUCGGCUUCAUCAUCCCGGACGCCGGGGGCGACGACAUCUUCGUGCAUCGGAGUUCGCUGUCGGAUGGUGGCAUGCUGGUCCAGGGCAAUCCGGUCCAGUUCGAAGUCACUUGGAACGCCCAGAAAGGCAAGAGCCAAGCCUCCAGAGUGACGGGAGCCACGCCGCAGGGAGGGAAGGGCUUCGGCAAAGGCGACAAGGGUAUGUCUGGAGGCGGCCAAGGAGGUCUUGCUGGGCCACCGGUGCAACAAAAUGGCACUGUGAAGGUCUGGUUUGAAGAGAAGGGCUUCGGCUUCCUCACCCCGGAUGGGGGAGGUGAUGACUGCUACGUCCACAGGACGGCGCUCACGGAUGGACAGACCUUGAUGCAGGGUUCCGCAGUCACCUACACAGCCCAGUGGAAUGUCCAGAAGAACAAAUAUACCGCCACUAGUGUCAGCGGUGCCAACUCCGGCGGCAAGGGCGGCAAGGGCGACUGGGGCGGCGCCCAAUUCGGCGGAGCCGAAGGUUUCGACGGCGGCUACGGCAAGAUGGCCGAGCAGCAAAACUUCCGUCCGCUGCUUAGACUCCUCGGUUCCGGGACCCAGGGACCACGCGAGGACACUGGGGAGGCUGUCGAGAAGCCUCCCCAGUGUCCUCCCGGCCUCAGGUUGUCAAGGGAGGUGCCACAUUCUGAAGCAUCGACUGUUAAGUACAUUUCUGGGCCCAGCUUGGUGGCUCUGGGCAACGCAGGCGCUUUGGCCACAGAGCUUUACGACGCCCAAGGCACCAGUGCCGCGAGCAUCGCGAGCGCGAGGACCCAGGUGGUGCAUGGACCCGGCUAUGCAGCAGGCGCAGAGUGGGCGACUGCCUUGAUUGCUGCAGAUCAUAUCGAACCUCGGCUGCUCCGCCGGGCUGAAGGUGGAGAGGGUGCUCCCAAGAGCCGCUACGACGCACCGGACGACCUGACUGCGCCGGUGCUCUGCGAAAGGAGCUCGAGCGGCCUGGCGUGGCAAGUCCUGGAGAAGGGCGGCAAGGGGACGCCUCCUCUCUUGGCAGACACCGUCAUCGUGAGGUAUACCGGGUGGAAGGCUGAAGACGGAUCACUGAUUGAUAGUUCCUACCUUCGGCAGGAGACGACCAAGGUGAAGAUGACGAGUGUCAUCCCAGGCUGGAAGGAGGGCCUCAUGAUGAUGUCGCCCGGGGAGAAGCGAAGGUUCUGGAUUCCCGCCUCUUUGGGCUUUGUCGUGGACGACGACAUGGAUCCCGAAGAGGCACCGGGGCCGCCCGGCGACUUGAUCUACGACGUGGAGUUCGUUGGGGUGACAGAGCCUGAGGCUGAUCCCAUCUUCGUUUACGUGGCGGGCGCAGGCGUUGUUCUCUUUGCGUUGACGGCGCUCUUCACGGCGGUGAACGAGGAACCUGAGAGGCCCGAGUAUGACACCCAGGCACCCUUCUCCAUUUUUGAACGGCCAGACAAGUGA